AUGUCUCGCGCCGGCGUCUCAAUACGCCAUGCCACAGACCUCAACGCGCCUCCACCGCCCGACCAAGACGAGACAUGUCCCGUGUGCAAGACAACCCGCUAUUUUAACCGCGACAUGGAGUUUCGCAUCAACCCCGAAUGCUACCACCGCAUGUGCAAAACCUGCGUCGAGCGAAUCUUCAAAGACGGUCCCAAUCAAUGUCCCUAUGCGGGCUGUCACAAGACGCUGCGUCUGCGCGGCUUCAAGACUGCAUUUUUUGCCGAUUUGACCGUCGAGCGGGAAGUCGAUAUCCGAAGACGAGUCGCAGCCGUGUUUAACAGGACGGAAGAGGAAUUCGAGACGUUGGAUGAUUACAAUGAGUAUCUUGAGAUGGUCGAGUGUUUGACCAGCGAUCUCGUCUACGGCAACGAUGAACAAAAGCGAAAGGCCGAAGCGCAACUCUCGGAAUGGGAAGCGAAGCACAAAGCAGACAUUGAGCGCAAUAGACGAUUGGCGCGUGAAUCAGACGCCGCUCGUCAACAACGCAUCGCAGCAGAGGAAGCAGAAGCGCGCCAGCGUCGACUGAUGGAACGACAAGAGGAACUGGAAGAAAAGGCCAACGCGAAGCGGUUCCGCGAAGAAAUGCUCGAUUCACUACAGAGUGCCGAAACAGGUCGCGCGACGGAAGCGAUGGAUAAGAUCAUGCUUAAGAAGAGAGGUCAAAACAAGCGCGAUGCUGCAUUUGGAGCAGCUGGCAUCGGAAGCGGUCUCUCGAUCCGUGGGCUGCGUGAGAAGAAGGGUCCUGUGGUGGAUAACAAACCAUACGAUCCCUACGGUGGCGUGCGCGUGAUGCCAGAUCGUGUCGACCUUGCGCCUGAGAAACUAGCGACAUAUUCCAACGAGUGGGUUGAGAUUACAAGGACAAAGGAAUCUUUCAAGGCUGGUGGAUAUAGUCCUGAUGAGUUUCUCACGAGGGCUUUGUUCGAGGCCUUUUCGGGACUGGGAGUAUUUGUUGAUGAAGAAAAGAUUGAGAAGAGUGUUGCUACGGUGGUAGCAAAAGAGGCUGCGGCGACAGGUGAAACAGGUGGUACAAUGGACGUUGAUCCUUUUUAA